AUGAUAUCAAUUGAAAAUGCACUGACUUGCAUAGUGGGCAUUGCAACUCAUUUGCUCUACUUUAAUCGUGGGGAACACCACCUUCAUCCACAGCGAUACCUGCAAGCUUUCAUCUUUACUUCCGUUGCUGUCGCCGCAUUUCUCAGUCUUCGGCACAGCUUCCCAUUUUACCAUGCAGUUAGGGUCACUGCUAUCUUAGAUUUGUAUUUUUUGGGCGGCCUGUAUGCGAGCCUACUAGUAUAUCGCCAAUUUUUCCACCCUUUAAACAAGUUUCCAGGCCCUUUUGGAACCCGCGUCUCCGGGUUUUUCCUGUCCCUAAAAUUCCUCAAGGCCGACAGUGCCUUCCAGUAUCUUCGUCUACAUCAAAAAUAUGGAUAUUUCGUUCGUGUGGGAUCUUCCGAUUUGUCGAUCACUCAUCCCAAAGGAAUGUCAGCCGUCUAUGGCCCUGGAAGCAGCUGUACCAAGGGUGAUGCUUACGACGUGACUAACCCAGUUGUGUCACUACACAGUUUCCGAAACAGGCAAUCGCAUGAUAAUCGCCGCCGUGUAUGGAGUUCAGCCUUUGGCGACACCGCACUUCGCGGUUAUGAGAAACGCAUUCGCCAGUAUCGAGAUAUGCUAAUGUCAACAUUUGCCGAAACCAAAGGCAGGCCAAUCAACGUCACCCAGUGGUUCAAUAACUACUCCUUCGAUGUUGUCGGUGAUCUUGCCUUUGGACGGUCGUUUGACAUGCUCAAGAAUGACAACGAUCAUUGGGCGGUCGUAUUGUUGGCCGAAGGUUUUAAGCCUCUAGCCUUGUCACCUCCCACCUGGCUAUUUCGGCUGGCUCAACAUAUUCCCGGGGCGACGAAAGACUGGUUCAGGUUUCUGGACUUUUGCCGCCGUAGGAUACUAAAAAGAAUGCAGAAUAAACCGGAUAUUCCUGAUAUCACGUCUACUCUUUUAGCCCCUCUCGAGGGAAGAGAGCCAACGACCGAGGAUUUAAACUUGCUAGUCGGCGAUUCUCAGUUGAUGAUGGCUGCAGGAGGUGACACAACAGCAACAACACUGUCCAGCAUUAUUUACGAGCUGUGUCUUCAUCCUGAACAAAUCGAGCAGCUUCGACAGCUAGUCGGCCCAUACAUGACUGAUCCUUCGGGCGACGUACUGAGCGAGAAAAUAGCGCAUAUAGAACACCUCAACGGUGUAAUAUACGAGGCUCUCCGACUGCACCCCCCAGUGCCUGCCAUAAUCCAACGCAAGACGCCACCAGAGGGGAUUUGGGUGGAUGAUGUAUUUGUGCCUGGGGAGACGAGCGUGUUCUGUCCGCAGUAUGCGCUCGGAAGAAGUACGGACAUAUAUGUGAACCCCGAAGCGUUUAUCCCAGAACGCUGGUACUCACGUCCAGAACUUGUCAAGGAAAAGAGUGCAUUUGCACCUUUCUUGUCCGGAACCUACGGCUGCAUCGGACGCCCACUUGCCAUGAUGAACUUACGAAGCACUCUAGCCCGCCUGAUCACCACAUUCGACAUCAAAUUUGGCGAGGGCGAGGACGGCAGCAGUUUUGAGGGCAAGUCGACCAACCACUUUUUGUGGUGCCCUGGUGAUUUAUAUAUUUCGUUUACCCGACGAACAGCAGUUGGCACGAAAUUGUUCAUUUGA